CGUUCAAAUUCUCAUUCUGACUGGUUGUCGAACCUGCUUAAAGACAAUAUCCAAGAUGCCUAUCACUCUCAAAGGGUCCUGUCACUGCAAGGCCAUCGAGUUUGAGCUCGAGUCGAACACUCCUGCGCCUUACCAGCUCUGCCAAUGCAGUAUCUGCCGCAAGACUGGCGGGUACAUGGGAAGCGUCAACAUCAUGGGAAACACCGACACGCUCAAGAUCUUGAAAGGCGAAGAGAAGAUGAAGACAUACAAGGCUUUCAAAUACGAGAACGGUCAACAAUCUGGACAAUGCGGCUCGACCCGUAAAUUCUGCGGCGAAUGUUCCACCAUGCUAUGGGUCUUUGACGAGCAGUGGGCUCACUGGAUCUACCCUUACGCGGCUUGCAUCGAUACCGAGCUGCCCAAGAUUGCUCACGGAGACGUGACCAAGAAGGGAACGGAUCAGGAAGAGGAUUCCGCCGUCAUGCUCACCAUCAUGAGAAGCUCUGCGCCAGGAUACGUCCCCGUUCCCGAAGGUAGUGUUGUCUAUGAUAGCUACCCCCCGGGCGAAGGUAUCGAGGCAUACCACAAAAAACAUAAGCUAUGGGUCGACUGAAAGGUUCGAUAGAUUGAUCUCGCGUAUGCGUGUGAUUCAGGGUUGAGGAAAUGGAAUGACGGCAAAGGGGGAAAGUUCGCGUGAGAUCUCGUAGUCUUGUAUAUACUACGCUUGAGAGCAAUACGUUUGGCAAAUCGGCUUAGGCCUUGGGACGAGGUAUUUGAAACACCACAGCGUCUAUCCAGACGUGAGAUAUCGUACGCAUUGUCUCCUGGAUAUGGUGUAUCAUUUGCACUGCGAAGGAUAUAUUUCGCAGCGAAACGAGAGGUGUAAAGCCAGCCACAUUGGUCAUCCGCUCUUGAUGGC